CUUGUAUCAACUGCAGCAGAUAAAACCGCUUCAAGAGAUGCCGAGCGAACUGGAGGAACUGGUCGAGUUCCUCCACCACGGUAAUACCCAGAUUAGACAACUUGCCUGUGAGCAUCUAGUAGGACACUCGUCGGAUCCCGCCGUGUUCAAGAACCCGCAACUGGUUCCUAUCCAGGACCUGAAAUUGCUCGUUCGCGACUAUCCCCCUAUCGCCAAAAACGCACUCACAAUUCUCGUCAACGUCAGCCACGAUGGAGAGGUGCUCGAGAACCUGGCAUCAGAUGAUGCAUUUGUCGAGACGUUGUUAAAGAAGAUAACAAAUCCGAAAGAAAGGGCUGCAGAUGAGGUUGCCAUGCUUCUCUCAAAUCUCGCCAAAUCCGAACGCCUGGAGCGAUUAAUCAGCCUCGAAAGACAGAAGCCAGAUAAAUCGGUAUCGACAUCUCCAUACGCUUUAGACCAACUGUUCGACUGUUUCGUCAAAGGAGCGGAUGGCAAUCUCAACAAGGACGCCAGUUUCGAUUACCUAGCAUAUCUUCUUGCAGACAUGUCCAAGUACAAAGCUGGACGUGAUCACUUCCUGAGCAAGCGUGAAUAUGACGGCGUGGUGCCUAUUAGCAAGUUGACCGUCUUUACGGAGCAUAAAAGUGAUGUCAGAAGAAGAGGAGUCGCAAGUACUAUCAAGAAUGUUGCGUUCGAGGUGGAGAAACACCCUUUGCUUCUCGCCGAUGAUUAUGAGAUGGUUGAGGGUGUUCCAGGAGUCAACUUGCUGCCAUACAUUUUGCUGCCUCUUGCGGGCUCGGAAGAAUACUCAGAAGAGGAGUCGGCGGCCAUGCUGCCAGACUUGCAAUUACUGCCACCAGACAAGGAAAGAGACAAAGACAACGAGAUCUUAACGACACAUUUGGAAACCCUACUGUUGCUGAGCAGUACAAGAGAGGGCAGAGACAAGUUGAGGAGUGUUCAGGUCUACCCGUUGGUCCGAGAGACACACCUUCACGUCGAUGAUGAGGCAGUGAAACAGGCGUGUGAUAGGCUGGUCCAAAUCGUUAUGAGGGACGAAGAGCAAGCACCAAGGAUAGAGGAGGUGAUUGAUGAGGAUCAAAAAAUGGAAGAGAUAUUUUAAUGCCCUUGAAAUAUAAAUGGCACGUGUUAUCUCCUGUAAGGUAGGCGACAAGGUAGUUCCACAUCCACUUGACUGUGUUGCCAAAGAAA